AUGUCGCACAACUCAAGACCCAGCACUUCACGCAUCAGCAGCGUGCCCUCGCAGAAGCCCCGCCAGCUAUCGCACCUCCAGGCCCAGCUUGCGCAAUUAACCGCGAAUAUGGCGGACCUCGAGAGCUUGAUGCGGAUGACCGCAGGUCAAGCGCAAGAUAUGCGCGCUCUGGGAGGAUACUCGGGUGCAAUGUUCAUGGCAGCAAGCAAAGUACUGGGCGAGGAGACUGUCAAGGGCGGCGACAGUAAACAAGGCGCUUCCGAGCAAGAGAAAUGA